AUGUCUCUUUUCUUCUAUUCCCCUCUCUCUUUCCAUCUCCUUCUCUCCCGUUCCCUAUGUCUUUUUAUUCUUCUCACACUAUUCCUCCCUUUCACUCCAUUACUCAUUUUCUCUCCUUUUCACUCCAUUGUAUUCCUUUCUAUAUCUUCUUUGUUCUACUUUUUUCUUUCUCCUCACAUCCUCUCCGUUUCUCUCACUCUAUCUUUCUAUCUAUCUAUCUCCCGCUCAUCUUCCCCUUCCAAACUCUUUCUUCCUAUCAUCCUCUUUAUCUCUUUUCAUAUCUUUCUCUGUAACCAACCCCAUCCUUUCUUCAUACAUCUUUUUUUUAUAUCUUUUCUUUCUUUUGUUACUCAUCUUUAUAAUCUGUCGAUAUUUUCUUUUUCUUUUUUGAUUUUCUUUUGCUUCCCAUUGAAUUCUUUCUUUUCUUAUUUUCCUUCUCCACCUUCCUAUAUUCAUCAUCUCUCUUUUUUUUUUGUCCUUGUCUCUUUUGUCUUUUCUUUCUAUUUAUUUGUUUUCCUUUUUUCUCUCUCAUUCUUCCUAUAUUCAUCAUCUCUCUUUUUGUCUUUGAUUGCUUUCGUCUUUUCCUUUCAUUACUUUCUUUCUUUUCCUCCUUGCCUCUCCUUCCUCAUAUAUUCAGCAUCCUUUUUCUUUUGUCUUUGUUUCCUUUACUUCUUUCUUUCUAUUGUCUUCUUUCUAAUCGUCUUUUCCUUCUUCUUCUCCUUCCGUUUACCAUCACCUCUUUUUUCCUUCUUUCUUUGUUGCUGUUUUUGUUGCUGCUUUUGUUCGUUCUUUCUCUUUAGCAAGUUUUCUUUUAACCUUCCCCAUUUCCUUCUUCUAUCCACUUUACAUUCAUUCCUUCUUCGUUUUUACUUCCUUUUCUUUCGUAUUUCUUCUUUUGAGUACCAAUAUCGUUCUUAUUUCCAUUUCUUCUUCAACAUUUUGUCUUCAUUUCUUCUUUAUAAAAUUUUAAUUUCUUUUUCUCUUUUUCUCUCUCUUCUAUCUCUUCAACUUUCUCUCUCUAUAGAAACGUCUCCUUCCUUCCUCCGUCUCCGUAGUUUUCCUACGUUUUCUCUGUAA